GCAAGCAUCUUAGUUGUAUGCAGGAUCCCCCUGGCAUACAGCUGUACGUCAUUGUGAAGGUGGUGGUGCUGCAUGGUGUUCAGCUGAACAAGUACAGGUGCCGACGAGGCAGUAACUCCUUGGAGGGGUUGCACGCACACCUGUACAAUGCCAUUCCUUCCCAUAGAUGUGGUGUUAUGCAAUUCCAAGUAUAUCUGGUUGCGUUUGCUGUGCAGUGGAACAGUCGGAUGGAGUCACUCCGGGUUGCUGGUGGUCAGGGUCGGCAGACAUCAUGCAUGGACGCGCGGCAGAUCCAGCGCAUGAAUCGGCAGGCUGAGGUGCUCUUCGGCAAAGAUCAUGUCCUGGAGCCCAACUUUGCUGCUCCUAUGCCCUACCCUGAUCAAUACAGGGCCCCGGAAGAGGAGGAGCUCCUUGGUGUUGAGUAUGCCAUGUGCCAGUCAACAAGCUACUCUGCGAGGCAUUACUAUGCUCAGAGAGUUGAGGAAGAGCAGGCUUGUGACGAAGAGGAGCCGGCUGAGCAAAGCGAGGAGGAGAUGGCAGAUGAGGGUAUUGACAUGCCUGCAGAGGAUGAUCCCAUUGAUGUCAUCUGUAGGAAACAUGCUAUCCCAACACAAGCAGAACAGGUGGAGGAGGAGGAUAGCCCUGCUCUGCAGGAUGUGCUGAUGACCCGGAGACAUCUGCAUCUGCCAGGAAUAGAGGAAGUGGAGGCGUUAGCCUUGCUGAUGCUUGAACUGGCAGACAACAGUCACCUCCACCUUGUGCCAGCCGACCUCAGGCAGAAGAUCAUCACUGCUGCCGUUCUCUUCAGGAGCAUGACAAGACUGCUGUCAACUUUGUGA